CCGAUGAAGAAUUUAAUGAUCUUUGCUUUGAGUUUGGUUUGGAGCUUGAUGAAGUUACAUCUGAGAAAGACAUUAUAAGUAAAGAAAAAGGUGAAGAAAAGGCAAAGGGGGCAUCUGAAACCAUUAUCUAUAAAAUUGAUGUUCCUGCCAACCGCUAUGAUCUCCUUUGCCUGGAGGGGUUGGUCCGAGGACUGCAGGUCUUUAAAGAAAGGAUAAAUCUUCCUAGGUAUGAAAAGAUAAUACCAGCUCAAGGUGAAGGUCAGAGGCUGAUUAUCACUGAAGAGACUGUCCAAGUCCGUCCUCACGCCGUGGCCGCCGUCCUUCGUAACAUAACUUUUACCAAAGAACGUUACGACAGUUUCAUUGACCUCCAAGAGAAACUACACCAAAAUAUUUGCAGGAGAAGAGCAUUAGUAGCAAUAGGUACCCAUGACUUGGACACCAUCUCUGGUCCAUUUACUUUUACAGCUAAAGCACCUUCUGAAAUUAAAUUCAAGCCCUUGAAUCAAUCCCAGGAGUACACGGCUUCACAAAUUAUGGAUCUGUACAGGACUGACAGCCACCUUCGGCACUACUUGCCCCUGAUUGAGAACAAGCCACGUUAUCCUGUCAUCUAUGACAGCAAGGGUGUUGUUCUGUCCAUGCCACCAAUCAUCAAUGGUGAUCACACGAAAAUAAGCUUGAACACCAGAAAUGUGUUUAUUGAAUGUACAGGCACAGAUAUUACCAAGGCAAAAAUUGUUCUUGAUAUUAUAGUCACGAUGUUUAGUGAAUAUUGUGAGAAGCCAUUCAGUGUUGAAGCAGCAGAAGUAGUGUAUCCAAAUGGGAAGACCCACAUCUACCCGGAGCUGGCUUACCGAAAAGAAAAGGUGAAACCUGAACUCAUUAACAAGAAAUUGGGAAUCAGUGAAACUCCAUCGAGCCUUGCAAAACUGCUGACCAGGAUGUGUUUGAGCUCACACGUCACAGGGAAUGGGACCAGCCUAGAGAUUGAGAUCCCUCCUACCAGAGCCGACGUUAUCCACGCGUGUGACAUCGUCGAAGAUGCAGCAAUCGCUUACGGCUAUAACAACAUUCAGAUGACUAUUCCAAAAACAUACACCAUAGCUAAUCAGCUCCCUCUCAAUAAGCUCACAGAACUCCUGAGGCUGGACUUGGCAGCUGCUGGAUUCACUGAAGCACUCACUUUUGCUCUGUGUUCUCAAGAAGACAUUGCAGAUAAACUUGGUGUGGACAUCUCUGCAACAAAAGCAGUGCGCAUAGCAAACCCCAAAACUGCAGAAUUUCAGGUGGCACGUACAACCCUCCUGCCUGGGCUGCUGAAAACCAUUGCUGCUAACCGGAAGAUGCCCUUGCCUCUCAAACUCUUCGAGAUCUCUGACAUUGUAGUGAAAGACCCUAAUACAG